AUGGGGGAUAGACAUGGGGGAGAGAGUCAAAGGAGGAGAGGGGGUGGAGGAACUAAGGGGGGAGAUGAGGGAGGUGGAGGAGCUAAGGGGGGAGAUGAGGGGGGUGGAGGAACUGAGGAGGGAGGAGAUGAGGACGUAGACAUUUGUGGAGACACUGAGUCUACAAGUAGCGAAGAUGACGAUGAUUCUUUGGAGUCAUCGAGCAGUGAGGAUGGUGAUGAUGAUGAUGAUGAUGAUGAUGAUAUGCCAGAGCUAGAUGAUCUUUACUAUGACACUAUACCUGAGGGACAGAGAGCUCCUAGUUUUAGUGUUGUUAGAGGUCAUUCCAGUUCUAGUCGGACUUCUACAUGGAGGACCAAUAGUGGUGGUGUUAUGGGUCCACCUCGACAUCCUGGGGCAAGACCUAGUGGGAAGGAUCCUCCUACUGACAGAGGCAGUGUUGGUUGA